AUGGCUCCCCUCUCCCUCGGCUACAACGACAAGCACCCCUUCACCCAGGUCCCCCUCACGGACCGCGCCUCUGUCCAGGACCUCCUCCGCACGCUGCUCGACCCCCUCGAGCCCUUCUUCUCCCCGCAAAAGGCCCGCGUCAAGUGCCCCGGCGCCACGGCCGUCCGCUUCGACCAGACCGCGUCCGAGAUCGAGGGCCUCUGCCGUCCUCUCUGGGGGCUGGCUUGUCUCCUGGCGGGUGGUGGCCAGUAUCGCGGCACCGAGUGGUGGAUUCAGGGCAUCAGGGCCGGCACGGAUCCGGAGAGCCCCGAGUAUUGGGGGUAUCCUCGCGACAAUGACCAGCGGAUGGUGGAAAUGUGUCCCCUGGGCUACGCACUUGCAGUAGCACCAGAGAUAUGGAAGGGUCUCUCGGAAAAGGAGCGCGUCAACGUCGAGAACUGGCUUGGAAACUCCAUCAACGAGAAAAACAUGCCCAACACCAACUGGCUCUGGUUCCGCGUCUUCGCCAACCUCGGCCUCAAGCAAAACGGGGCGAAGUUCUCCCAGGAGCGGCUGGACAGCGACAUUGAGCACCUCAACACCUUUUAUCGAGGAGAAGGCUGGUCCAACGACGGCCCCGAGGGCAUCCAUCAAAUGGACUACUACUCCUCCAGCUUCGCCAUCCACUUCCUUCAGCUGCUCUACGCCAAACUCGCAGGCGAAGCAGAUGCCGCCCGCGCAAAGGAGUUCAAGCAGCGUGCUCAGAUCGCCGCCCUCGACCUCAUCCACUACCACGACGAGAUUGGCCGAGCCAUCCCCUUUGGCCGCAGUCUAGUUUACCGCUUCGCCAUGGUGGCUUUCUGGGGCGCCCUGGCCUACGCGGACGUGGACCUGCCCGCUCCCCUGACGUGGGGAAUGGUCAAGGGAGUCGUUCUCCGCAACUUUAGGUGGUGGCAGACGCAGAAUGACAUCUGGACGUCGAGCGGGACGCUGUCCCUCGGGUUUUGCUACCCGACCAUGUAUAUUACCGAGAAUUACAACAGCCCCGGAAGUCCUUAUUGGGCUUGCUUAGCCUUCAUCUGUCUGGCGGUUCCCGAGCAGCACCCGUUCUGGACGUCCAAGGAGGAGCCCAUCAGCCCCCAGAUCCCCAAGAUCAAAGCCAUACGGCAGCCAGGUCACAUUACAAGUUACCUCGGUGGACAUUGCAUGCUCCUUUCUUCGGGUCAAGCGUGUGGUUACCCCAUGAAGGCCACACACGCCAAGUACGGAGGCUUUGCCUACAGCAGCGCCUUUGGCUACUCCGUUCCAUCCGGGCUCUUCUCCCUGGAGCAGUAUGCCUUGGCAUCCCAGCUGGGACUCUCGGACGACGGCGGCGAGUAUUGGAAGACGAGGAGACUGUCUGAAUACGCCGCUGUCGAGGACCGAGAUGGCCAGCCAAUCCUGGUUUCGAUCUGGAAGCCCUUUGCUGAUGUCAAGAUCAAGACGCUGUUGAUCCCUCCCGUUGAGAGCACGCCAAACUGGCAUCUGCGGGUGCAUCAUAUCCAUGCUGGUCGCGAGGUCAUGACCGCGGACGGCUCCUUUGCCAUUCGCAACGUCAACUCCGAGAAUGGGAGAUACCUGGAGCUUUACGACGAGUCAAAGUGCGAGGGCACUAGCCCCAAGAUCAUUGGCAACUACGACACCAACACCCCAGCUGGCUGGGACACGGGACUCAAUGGUGCCUUUGUCGUCGCGCCAAAUACCGGAGCGGUGGGCAUCAAGGCUCUAGAACCUCAGGGACAGCGACAGGCCAUGCUCGUGAAUGCCGACCCCAACACAAACCUCAUGGAGAGUCGGACAACGAUACCGACCUUGCAGCACACGAUCCCGCAGGGUCAGGGGGUGUGGUAUGUGUCCGCCAUUUACGCCAAACCAGCUGGACCCGGCGUGCCCAAAGAGAGCUAUCUGGAUGGCUGGAAGAGCCCUCCUGCGAUCCCCAACUGGCUGCUUCAGGAGAUGGCAGCAGAUGGCGGGAUGUAA